UCCAGGAGAUGCGGAGAUGCCCGACCCAAGUGCUUUGACUGAUGAUGACCUGAAGGCUGCUCUUCUAAAACACGGGGUUAAAGCUGGGCCCAUAGUUGCCUCCACCAGGUUCUUGUAUGAGAAGAAGCUUAGAAAACUGCUUCAUGGCCAACUUAAUGGAGCAAAGAAGGGUAUGAUGUACUCUGACAGUGAAGAAGAAGAAAAUGGGGAAGACAAUGAUGCAGAGUCAAGUGCUGAAGAAGAAAAUAAAGAACCGGGUGAAGAGUCGGACCAGGCCGAGGAGGAGAGCAGCCAGGUAAAGUUGUAUACUCAGAAUGGUGUUUUUACUUACCCACAGUGCUUUUUACCCCAAAUGAGACGGCAUAUUCCCACUUCUAAACCCAGUCCCGUGCGGAAUUCAGGGAAUGUGUUAAAAUCAUCAGAGCGGAGUCGGCCUCCCUGCUCACAGAAUCUUGUAGGAAUUAGCAGAGGGGUUCAAGCUGGAUCACAAUCCGUUGCAGUCAAUGGUUACUCAUCAUCAUCAUCGUCGUCAUCAUCAUCUCAGACAUUCAGCAUAACUGAAAUGCUCAAAGAGAUGGAGGGUCAGAGGUCACUCUCUACGAGUGCAAACAGUGAAAGAGCAUUCAAUGGGGGCAAUGUACAGGAUCAUUGGUCACAGUCCAACAGGCUGGACAUGCCAUCUGUGGUCAACCGCACCAUGAAGAACCAGAGCCUGUACUACACUCCCAAAGCUUUCCCUCAGGAAUGGGGAAUGCAGGAGCCUGUGAAAGACGAUUUCAAGCACUUGUUCCCUGCUGAGAUCACACCUACUGGAAUCUAUGCCACUCGUCGGAGACCCAUCAAGGGUGCAGCGGGGAGACCCAUCCAAUACAUGUACCCAGACACUCCCGUCAGUCCCAUGACGCUGCAGAGACGAGACGUGGAGCGCCGCCUUGUGCCCGUCCACAUACAGAUUGUGGUCUUUGUCAUCGUUACAUGCAUGCUUUACCUCAUUUAUGUUAGUGUUGAGGACAACAGAUUUAGUCCAAGUGUUUCCUUGCUAGACAAUCUAAACCCGGGGUCCAAUAGUGAGGAAGCGCUGUUGCAUAAGACUGAGGCGCAGGACACACCCGCACUUUCUGAAUGGGAGUAACUGUGUAUUAUUUUAACUGUUUUCGCCUAUUCUAUUGACACGUUAGGUUUUACAUUCAUGUUUCGAUGCUUUAAAAUCUGAUUUUUGCCUGAUUGUGAAUUGCCAGUGUCUUAGUGUCACAGUUUGUCCUUGAUGGGUGUCAUUAUAAUUUUUUUAAUGUUUAAAUCAUAUUUCAAUAAAGUUUAUCUCAUA